UAAUCUCAUCGGGAGGGGCUUCACUGAAACACACUACUCAGAAGACGGGAAACGAGUGACAACAUCCCCGAGUCAGGAGCUCUGUUACUAUCACGGGCACAUCGCGGGUGAGACGGACUCUUCGGUCAGUGUGGGGAUUUGUUCGGGCAUCAGCGGCUUUGUUCGAGUCCGGCGGCAGGUUUACAUGAUCGAGCCUCUGGGACAGUCUGAGGACGGAGACCAUGCAGUUUACAGACACGAACACCUGAAGGUCAGCUCCGGCUCCACGUCAAACACCACCACGAUGUACGACCAGGACGAGGCCCAGGGGCCCCGCCUCGCUGGUCUCUUAAGGUCCAGACCCUGGAAAACGAACCCUGUCACUCAGAAGUAUGUCGAGCUGUUUGUGGUCGUCGACAACACUGAGUAUAAACGAUAUGGAAGUGAGACGAAGUCCCGUAUACUCGGGGUAAUAAAUCACGUCGACAAGCUCUAUCGACCUCUGAACAUCCGUGUCAUGCUGGUGGGCCUGGAGAUUUGGACGGACAGAGACAACAUUGAUGUUGUCGAAAACUCGGAGACGACUCUGGACAAUUUCCUUCUGUGGCGGCGGACCCACCUCCUGCAGAGGACCAAGCACGACAAUGCCCAGUUUGUGACUGGCAAAGACUUCGACAAAGACACGGUCGGGCUCGCUAACAAGUUCGCCAUGUGCAGCGAAAACUCAGGAGGAGUCAACCAGGAUCACAAUUACAACCCAAUAGGCCUCGCCUCCACCAUCGCUCAUGAGAUGGGACAUAACUUUGGCUUGUCCCAUGAUGCCGCAGGCUGCGUGUGUGGUCCACAUCAGAGCAGCGAUAAAUGUGUGAUGGCCGACAAGCUCAGGACAGCAAGUCAAGCGUUCCCGGAGUUUUUCAGCAGCUGCAGCUUGCAGCAGCUCGAUGAAUUCAUGAAGCGAGCUCAGCCCAGCUGCCUGGAUAGACCCCGUCACAUUAAGACCAUCGACGAGGGCCCUCGCUGUGGCAACGCACUGCUGGACCCUGGAGAAGAGUGCGACUGUGGCACCGUGAAGGAAUGCAAGAACCCUUGUUGUGAUGCCUCGACUUGUCGCCUGACUGAAGGAUCCCAGUGCGCUCACGGUCAAUGCUGCGAUAACUGUCAGUUCCAAACGGCUGGAAGUGUGUGCAGGAAGUCGGCCGGCGACUGUGACCUGCCUGAACACUGCACCGGCCUGUCGGAGGAGUGUCCCGAGGACAGUUUUGAGAUGAACGGCAAACCCUGCUACAACCAGGCACAGGGCUACUGCCACGACGGCCAGUGUCCCACACAUGAGCAGCACUGCUGGAGGCUGUUUGGAGAAGGGGCCAAGGUUGGAUCAGAUUCGUGCUUCAACCUGAACAAACGAGGCGAGAAAGGUGCAAACUGUGGGAAAAAUAAAUUCGGCUACAUCCGCUGCAGUGAACAGAAUUCGAAGUGUGGAUCUAUGUUUUGUCACGGAGGGGGCGAGUCCAUCACUGGUAAGAUGGCAGUGUACACUGUGCAAAACAUCAUCCAGUGUAAACUGGUCGAGGACGACAACACCAGAAACAUUGACAUGGUGCCUCGAGGAACCAGAUGUGGAAUAAAUAAGGUUUGCCUCGACAACAGAUGUGUGGAUAUAUCAGUUUAUGGGAAAAAGGAAGAUUGUUCAAAGAAGUGCAACAAUAACGGGGUGUGUAAUCACAAGAACGAGUGCCAGUGUAAUCCCGGCUGGUCUCCGCCUCACUGCGUCAACCUGUACGCAGAUUUACCUCAAGGUCAGACGGAAAUAGUAGUUGGCGUGAGUGUCGCUCUCUCCGUCCUCCUGCUGAUCACCGCGGUGAUAGCGGGACUGAUGUGCUGUAAAAAAGACAACGUGGACAACUACAGCUGUAAAAGGAAAGUGCACUCAGCUCCAGGCAAGUUGAACCCGAUGUUCCAGGAUGUAAACGUUAAAGAACGACCUCAGAUCAGUCUGCCUACUCUCAUGGACUCAACACGAGCCUAUGCUCCUCUGGUCGUGGCUGUGACUCCCUGCAGACCGGCUCCGCAGCCGCCACAGAAUCCAGCGUCGCCUGUCCCACACACUGAGCCGACAAAACCUCAACCUCCAGCGAAACCUUUGCCACCUCUGAACAAACCACAGUGUAAAGCAGCAAAACCAAAUCCUCCUCCUGUGCCUCCGGUCAAGCCCAGUCCUCCCGCAGCAGCAGCCAGAGUCAAGCCGUGCACUCCUCCACCCCCCCCAGCCAAGCCUCAGGUCCGCAGACUCACAUGAGAGAGAGAGAGAGGUGUGUG